GGUCUGUACGACCGAAUGAUGACACUGAAAAAAGCGAAUCCAAAGCUGAAGGUUCUGCUAGCCAUUGGUGGAUGGUCGUUCGGUACUCAAAAGUUUAAGGAAAUGUCGGCUACACGAUACGCUCGGCAGACCUUUAUCUACUCAGCCAUACCGUUCCUGCGCCAGCGAGGAUUCGACGGAUUGGACAUGGAUUGGGAAUACCCGAAGGGUUCGGAUGACAAGAAAAACUUUGUGCUGCUGCUGAAGGAACUGAGAGAGGCAUUCGAAGCUGAAUCGCAGGAGAUCCGACAAACGCGAUUGCUUUUGACCGCUGCCGUUCCUGUUGGUCCGGAUAAUGUACGAGGAGGCUACGAUGUUCCAGCUGUGGCUAGUUACUUGGACUUUAUCAAUCUGAUGGCUUAUGAUUUCCACGGAAAAUGGGAACGAGAAACGGGACAUAAUGCUCCGCUGUAUGCUCCUUCGUCGGAUUCCGAAUGGCGCAAACAAUUAUCGGUAGACUUUGCUGCCAAUCUGUGGGUCAAAAUGGGAGCUCCAAAGGAAAAAUUGGUAAUUGGUAUGCCGACCUACGGUCGGUCAUUUACUUUAGCUAAUACAGAUAGAUACAAGGUCAAUUCGCCAGCAAGCGGCGGUGGAAAGGCCGGAGAAUACACGAAAGAGUCUGGAUUUUUGGCUUAUUACGAAAUUUGCGAGUUGCUGUUGAAUGGAGCUGCCUAUAUCUGGGACGAUGAAAUGAAGGUUCCGUACAUGGUUGAUGGCGAUCAAUGGUGCGGUUUCGAUGAUGAACGUUCGAUUCGAAACAAGAUGAACUGGGUGAAGACGAAUGGUUAUGCCGGAGCAAUGGUUUGGACAGUCGAUAUGGACGAUUUCAGCGGAACGGUGUGCGGUGGAAACGUCAAAUAUCCAUUGAUUGGAGCUAUGCGUGAGGAAUUGCUAGGAGUCAGUCGUGGCAAGGAAGCCAAGGACGUCGACUGGUCGACGGUGGCCGCUACUAUUCAGGAGAAGGAAAUUGAGAAACCAGCACCCAUCAAGAUCCCAGUCUCGGAGCUGCUCAGCAAGGUCCAGAAACCACAGAAAAAGAUAAUCAAACAAGGACUGGCUACCAUCGAGAAAAAUUCUCGCCCAGGUCAAGUAUUCUGUUAUUUAACCAGCUGGUCGGCUAAGCGACCGGGAGCUGGCAAGUUCGAGCCUAAAGAUAUUGAUCCGAAGUUGUGCACCCAUGUUGUGUAUGCGUUUGCCACUCUGAAGGACCACAAGUUAACCGAAGCAAACGAUAACGAUCCGGAUAUGUACGACGAAGUGAUCGCACUCCGUGAGAAGAAUCCCGAUCUCCAGGUUCUGCUGGCCAUUGGAGGUUGGGCCUUCGGAUCAACACCUUUCAAAGAGCUGACCUCCAACGUGUUCCGAAUGAACCAGUUUGUUUAUGAAGCAAUCGAGUUUCUGCGUGAGUUCCAAUUCAACGGGCUGGACGUAGAUUGGGAAUAUCCACGAGGAGCUGACGAUCGUAAAGCUUAUGUAGAUCUGCUUCGUGAACUGCGCAUUGCUUUCGAAGGGGAAACUAAGACUUCUGGUCAACCGAGACUGCUGCUAACUGCUGCUGUACCUGCGUCUUUCGAAGCCAUAGCUGCCGGCUAUGACGUUCCGGAGAUUUCCAAAUAUCUCGACUUCAUCAAUGUAAUGACCUACGAUUUCCACGGUCAAUGGGAACGCCAAGUCGGCCAUAAUUCACCACUUUUCCCGUUGGACACUGCGUCAGCCUACCAGAAGAAACUGACCGUUGAUUUCAGUGCUCGCGAAUGGGUUAAACAGGGAGCUCCGAAGGAAAAACUGUUAAUCGGUAUGCCAACAUACGGCCGUUCCUUCACGCUGGUCAAUCAAACGCAGUUCGAUAUUGGAGCACCUGCUUCUGGAGGCGGAAUGCCGGGCAAAUUCACCAACGAAGCUGGUUUCCUCAGCUAUUACGAAAUUUGUGCCUUCCUUGGUGUUGAUAAUACUACCUUGGUAUGGGAUUCGGAGCAACAAGUGCCAUUCGCUUAUCGAAAGGAUCAAUGGGUUGGAUUCGACGAUGAGCGAUCGCUGAAGACUAAGAUGGAUUGGCUGAAAGAGAUGGGAUUCGGUGGAAUAAUGGUGUGGUCUAUCGAUAUGGAUGACUUCUCGGGACGAUGUGGAAGUGGUAAGUUCCCCUUACUCAACGUACUCAAUAGCGAGCUAAAAGACUACAAAGUUCUGCUGGAAUAUGAUGGACCGUAUGAGUCCUCCGGACCACGUGGCGCUUACACUACAAAAGAUCCCAACGAAGUUGUCUGUGCCGAGGAAGACGGCCACAUCAGUUAUCAUCCGGAUAAGAGCGAUUGUACUCAUUACUUCAUGUGUGAAGGAGAACGCAAACAUCAUAUGCCUUGCCCAGCCCAGCUAGUAUUCAACCCGAACGAGAAUGUGUGCGAUUGGCCGGAAAAUGUCGAGGGCUGCCAAAAUCCGCAGACUUCAACCUAA